UCACUUACUCACUAUUCAGUUUCUCUCAGUCGUUUCUUUUUCUUUUCUCUUUGUUUUGUUUUGUUUUAUUUUUGCUUCGCUCACCCUUCUGACCUUUCUUACCUUGUCUCUCUCUCUCGUUCUUUCUUUCUUCCUUUUCAAUUUCGAGAGAGAGAGAGAGAGAGAGAGGGUGAGUUUCUGAGUUGGGUUGGGUUGAGUCGUUCGGCGCAACUCAAAUGUGAUGGGAAGCAAUGGAUUCUGCAACCUUUUUUCUUGCUUCAAAGCCUCCUCCAACCACACUCCUAACCACAACCAUAACCAAAACCAGCUGGUGUUUGCGGAGACGGAGCCAUUGGACGAAACCCUAGGCCACUCUUUCUGCUACGUUAGAUCUUCCGCUCGCUUUCUCUCUCCCUCCCAUUCCGAUCGCAUCCUCUCUCCCUCCAACUCCCUCCGCUUCUCCCCUUCUCACCCCCCCGAUUUACCCGAAACCGCAUUCAAGGCCAUUUCCGGCGCCUCCGUCAGCGCCAACAGCUCCGUCCCCAAAACCGUCCUCCAGACCGACGAUGACGAUGGCGAUGACACCGCCGUCAAUGGCUUCAAAGGAACGUCUUCGUUUAGCGCCCUCCCGCUCCAGCCUGUUCCAAGAGGUGGAGGAGCUGAAGAUAGAGAGAGGCGGGCGUUCUUCCUCUCGGGGCCAAUUGAGAGCGGCACGGUCUCCGGACCCCUCGACGACGCCGUUUCGAGCUCCGAGGGAGUGCCCUUCUCUGCUCCGCUAGGUGGUUCAGUCUAUGUGAAGAAGAAGCGGAAGAAGAGCAUUGCGGGGUUGAGAAAAGCCUUCCAGAGGAGUCUCUCUGAGAAGAAGCGCCCCUGGGUGGUUCCGAUGGAAAGGAAGGGGAAGACGGAGGCAAAAGACGAGAGCGAAACCGAGAGCAAUGUGCAGUGGGCGCUGGGAAAAGCAGGGGAGGACCGUGUGCAUGUGGUUGUAUCGGAAGAACAGGGUUGGUUGUUCGUGGGGAUUUACGACGGUUUCAAUGGUCCUGACGCGCCCGAGUUUCUCAUGGGUAAUCUCUACCGUGCACUUCACAAAGAGCUCCAGGGUUUGUUUUGGGAGCUUGAGGAGCCAGAGCCGCAGGUGCAGGGAACUAAUCCUGCACCUGCGGUUGAGGAUAAUGAGGCUGAAUCCCACAAUGACGGGGAGGUUGAAAAAGAGUCUAAUUCUAAUUCUCUCCAAGGAUCGGUUAAGAGAGUGACGUUUCAAGCGGAGGGAACUGAGAGUAGGAGGAGGAGGUUGUGGGAGUUUUUGGCUGAGGAUGAUGAUGAUGCUGAGGACGGGCUUGAUCUUUCAGGGUCUGAUAGGUUUGGGUUUACGGUGGAUGAUGCUCUCAGUGUUAGCAAGGAGGGUUCGGGGGGUAGUAGGCGGUGGUUGAUUUUGUCUAAGUUGAAGCAUGGGUUGUCGAGGCACAGGGAGGGUCAUGGGAGGAGGUUGUUCCCGUGGAGCUUGGGCGUGGGGGCGGAGGAGAAGAAGGUUGAGGAGGAAAAUCCGGUGGCGGAGAAGGAGGAGGAGAAAAAGGGUCGUGGUGGGAGGAAGAGGAAGGUGGGGCCUGUGGAUCAUGAGUUGGUUUUGAGGGCGUUGUCUCGGGCGCUUGAGAUGACCGAGCUUGCAUAUUUGGAUAUGACGGAUAAGCUUAUUGAUACCAAUCCGGAGCUUGCUUUGAUGGGUUCGUGUCUGUUGGUUGUGUUGAUGAGGGAUGAGGAUGUUUAUGUGAUGAAUGUCGGGGAUAGCCGGGCCAUUGUGGCACAUUAUGAGUGUGAAGAGGUUCAUGCUAGUAAGGAAUCUGGAGGCGGUGCAGACGUUGAGUCAAGUGAGGAGUGCAUAGUGGAGGAGAACUUAGCUCCGGAAGAAGGUGCUGUUGUGUUGGGGAAUGAGGGUCCCGCUCAAGAAAGGAGGUUGGUUGCAUUGCAGCUCUCCACUGACCACAGCACCAGCAUUGAAGAGGAAGUUGUUAGGAUUAAGAAUGAACAUCCUGAUGAUAACCGAUGUAUUGUAAAUGAUAGAGUAAAAGGCCGUCUUAAGGUCACUAGAGCUUUUGGAGCUGGAUUUUUGAAACAGCCGAAGUGGAAUGAUGUGGUACUAGAAAUGUUUCGAAAUGAAUAUAUUGGCACAGCUCCAUAUAUAUCCUGCUGCCCUUCAUUACGUCACCAUAGAUUAUGCCCAAGAGAUCAGUUCUUGAUCCUCUCAUCUGAUGGGUUGUAUCAAUAUCUUAGCAAUCAGGAAGUGGUUUCUGAAGUUGAGAGUUUCGUGGAAAAGUUUCCGGAUGGAGAUCCUGCCCAGCAUUUAAUAGAGGAGCUGCUCCUUCGUGCAGCUAAAAAAGCUGGAAUGGAUUUCCAUGAGUUGCUGGAUAUCCCUCAAGGAGAUCGGAGGAAGUACCAUGAUGAUGUUACCGUUAUGGUGGUAUCACUCGAAGGAAGAAUCUGGAAAUCAUCAGGGAAGUAUCCGUGAGAUCUUAUUCAACUCCCUGUUGUCUGUAUACAUAUUUGAGGUGCCUUGAAGCCAGUGCCAAACUUUCCAACUUGACCCAUUUUUCAUGGGUCUUUUUAGAUGUUCAUUCUUGUCUAACAAAAUAAGUUGUGAAUAGAAGAAUCUCAAUAUUAAAUGGCAAGAGGCCACCGGCAGAGCUCUAUCCAGAAUUUAAACGAGCUUGGGAAUGGGCGUUGCGGACAGGUCUUGGGAAGUCUCUUUAGGAGAAAGAACAAUGUAAAGCCUUUUUAAACUGUUCUUUUUUUGUUCCAGUCGUAGUCUAUCUCUUUCCCCAACUAUUGUCCAGGUUUAUUGAGAUGAAAAAUGAGAGAAAUUUUGAGUAGCUGAGGCUCUUUUCUUUUCUUUUUCUUUUUGCUCUUUUUCUUUCUCUUGCUAAGGCCAAGAGAAUUUGGGUGUAUAUUGGUGGGGAUACAAAUGUACUGACUGAACUUAGAGCAGUCACUAGUCAGAUAAAAAUAUGUAAUUGAAGGUGGAUUUCUACCAUUGCGGAUGAACAUGAUUCUGAAUUAGAGAUCUUAAUGAUCAUUGCAUUUAAAAGUGUUAUAGAAUGAAA